AUGGCUGCCACCAAGGCCACGGUAGGGGUUUUUUCCAUCGGCCAAAUGGGCCUGGGCAUAGCGCAACUACUCCUCGCACGUGGCUUUCACGUUGUCACCAAUGUUAGCGAUAGAAGUACCGCGACACAGAAACGCACCAAAUCGGCGUCCAUCGAGUGUGUCUCCUCGGAUAUGGAACUUGUUGGUAAAGCAGACUAUAUAUUAUCGAUCGUGCCUCCAAAGGACGCGAAAGCCAACGCAGAACGCAUCUUGAGCGUAUUUCAUCAUCAAGCCGACCCAAGGCCUGGAAAUGGGGAACCUCUCUAUUAUGCAGAUCUGAACGCGGUGUCCCCAGAGACGGCUAGGAACAUUGGUGCACUUUUCCAGAAAGAAACGCGGGUCAUAUUCCUCGAUGGCGGCAUAAUCGGCGGUCCACCAUCCCUAACCCCAGGGAGCAUCGACUGGAAACGCCCCGGCAUCCCCACAUCCGGCCCUCACCCACUCUCCGAUGCCCCAAUCGCUGGACGCGAACUCGCAGACGUCCUCAACAUUCGCCACAUUGAUGGGAAAAUUGGCACCGCUUCAGGUCUCAAGUGCACUUUCGCAGCUCUCUCAAAAGGCUUCACAGCCCUAGCACUACAGUCUUUCACUACAGCGGCGUCUCUCGGAGUGCUACCGCAACUACAGGAUUACAUCGAGCAGUACAACCCCAGCGCAAAGGCUCGUGCGGAAAAGGGGAUUACGGGGUGUCCGCCGAAAGCGUAUAGGUGGGUGGAGGAGAUGAAUCAGAUAGGGCAGUGUUUUGAGGUGGAAGGAGGGUGGCCGGAUAGUGCGAAUGUGUUUAGAAGCGUUGCAAGUGUGUAUGAGCAACUGGCAGUUGCUGUGGAAGAGAGGGGCGGGGCCGAGGGCAUGGAAGAGCUGCCAGGUGCACUGGGGGCUUUGACGAAGAGCUUGAAAGACGGACAGAAAGAGUCAUGA